GGUGGGGUGAGACCUGACUGGACAGGACAAGGGUGACCGGUAGUGUGAGGUCCCCAGGAGCGGAGGGUACAGGAUAGAGUAUCAUUAGGGUAACAGUAGAGAACGUGGUCCACUGGUUCAGAACUGGACACUUCAUAACAUGGCUUCCUAGAGAGGACACUGGAGGGAAUGAAGGAGGAAAAUCCAUUGGAUGAUGAUGCAGCUGACCCGCGUGUUUGCCUUAUCUGUGGAGACCGUGCCACAGGCCUGCACUAUGGCAUCAUCUCCUGCGAGGGCUGCAAGGGCUUCUUCAAGCGCAGCAUCUGCAACAAGCGCGUGUACCGCUGCAGCCGGGACAAGAACUGCGAAAUGUCGCGCAAGCAACGCAACCGCUGCCAAUACUGCCGUCUGCUCAAGUGUCUACAGAUGGGAAUGAACCGCAAAGCAAUCAGGGAAGAUGGGAUGCCAGGAGGGAGAAACAAAAGCAUUGGGCCUGUCCAGAUCACAGAUGAAGAGAUUGAGCGGAUCAUGUCGGGACAGGAGUUCAAGGAGGAAGCCAGUCUCCCGGAGCACACCUGGAGCAACAACGGUGACAGUAGUGACCACAGUUCUCCUAGCAACGGCGCCUCCGAGGGCAACCAGCCAUCACCUGCUUCCACUCUAUCAUCCAAUCGUUCUAUAGAGAUGAAUGGCGGCUACACGGCUGCUGUCAGGGACCAGUAUAUCAACACCCCCAUGAACACCCCCUACCAGCUGCUACCUCACCUCUUUAGCUACGCUGCCCAGUCAGGCCUGCUGGCCCCCCAGCCCUGCAGCCUCUACCCCCAGUCACACCCCCUGGUGCUGCAGCUAGUAGCUGCAGAGGACCUGACUCCACUGGCCACCCCCAUGCUGAUAGAGGACGGGUACAAGGUGACUCAGGUGGAGUUGUUUGCACUGCUGUGUCGUCUGGCCGACGAGCUGCUGUUCCGUCAGAUCUCGUGGAUCAAGAAGCUGCCAUUCUUCUGUGAGCUGUCCAUCGAGGACUACACCUGUUUACUCAGCUCCACCUGGCAGGAGCUGAUCCUGCUGUCCUGCCUCACCAUCUACAGCGCACAGAUCUUUGGAGACCUGGCCGACGUCACCGCAAAGUACACUCCCUCUGAUGAGGAGCUGCAGGGGUUCAGUGAGGAUAGCAUGGAGGUGAUGGAGAGGUUGAUCUAUCUGUUCCGCAAGUUCCACCAGUUGAAGGUCAGCAACGAGGAGUACGCCUGCAUGAAAGCCAUCAACUUCUUGAACCAAGAUAUCCGCGGUCUGACUAACGUCUCCCAGUUGGAGCAGCUGAACAAGCGUUACUGGUACAUGUGUCAGGACUACACUGAGUACAAGUACCCUCACCAGCCCAAACGCUUCCCUGAGAUCAUGAUGUGUCUGCCAGAGGUCCGUUUCAUGGCAGGGAAGCUGGUGAACGUUCCCCUGGAACAGCUCCCCCUCUUGUUCAAAGCAGUCUUGCACUCCUGCAAAUCCAGCUUCAUCAGCAACAGGACAGGAAGUUCCCCCUGUCUGACUACUAUGGGUACCUGCCCCGGGAACUGAGUCCCGCCCCCCUGGCCUCAGGACCGUCCCUUUACAAGGAUCUUGCCUGGGGGGUGGGGCAAGGGACUGGUCCUCCUUCCUGUGAAUGUGACAAGCAACUUUUGUUCUCUAUAUAUUUAUUACACGACAGAGCUGAAUGUAUGCUGAUUUACGCUGUGCACAUGCUUCUGUACAAACUAAAUGCACAUAGAUGCAUUGGUCUUUGGAGUUUACAAGUGUGUAUCCGAUUGCUCAACGUGUCGGUGUUGCCAUUGUUAGAACUAGAUUUUAAAGAUGUAUUUUAUUCGGAAUGGGGGCGGGUAUAAAUGUGUUGACAAGUGUUUUGAGACUACCUCAGGAAGAUGUUGUUGCUAUUUUCAGGUACCUUUUUCUCGCUGUUUUGAAAUGAAGAGGUUGCCCAGUCUAAAUCAAAUCCCUGUAAAUGCUGUAAACUCCUGAAUCAUAGAUGAUAAGUAGGCCUUUACCAUGACAUUGACCAAAGGCAUUUCUGCAUAUUAAUUUGAACCAAAGAUAGAAUAGCAUUCACCCCUGCAAUCAACAAAUGAAUGUCCUGAAUUUCCCACUGCUACUGGUGUAUUUUCCCACUUCUUGUAGUAUUUUUGUACACUCUUUCAUACAUAAUCCAUAAACAGACAUCGUGUAGGGAUGGGCUGGUCAAUGUAACAUUCCUAGUCUUUCAAUGAGGUGAAAUUUAGUGGGAUUGUGGGAUCUUCAUAGAAAACAAGCAUACGGGUAUUUUCUACAAUCAUAGACUGCGGAGCAAAUGUAAUUCCAUGGGGUAGGGGAAGUUUAUUAGCUUUAAUGAUUAAUGUUUUUGACCAAAGUGUUAUGCAAAGCUUUUUCAAGCACCACCCAUAGAAGGGUGAUAAGCCGAUAGCUCAAUGUAAUGAUUUCUUAUCAAUGAAGGACCAGGAUAAGAAAUGAAUCAAUCUGUGUCGGAGCUGAAGGGGAGACCUUCUGCUGGCCAGACAGACAGACAGACAGUGUAGCUCGUUCUCAUCCUAACCCCUAAUGCUGAGACACCACAGACAAGGGCCCCACUGUCUUCUCUCCUAGUUCCUGUUGCACCCAUCUAUUCCUCCAGACAUACAACCCAUCUUGGCUUUCAGCCCUCCACUGAUACUUCCUUGCCCAAACCUGAGCAUCUGCACAUGCUCACUGGGUUGGUGAUCCGAUCCGCACAGUUAGGCUACAAGGAAAUGCUGGCUUGUUCAUUUUUACUACUACGUCUGUAGACAGUGUUGGGUUUAGAAUGCUCAGGAGAGUUGGAGACAUUAGGGGCGUGUCUAUUAAUCUGGUCUGGGUUGACAGACUAGAGGUUACUUCUGGCUUGCACACAUUGUUUAAAAAAGCUAUACAGAGAAAUAGGUUCUUUAUUUUUUAAGUAUGAGACGAUAAUUUCAACCAGCCGUUAACCGUUUCAUAACAACCAUUGUUUAAAACUUUGGAGCAAUGCAGUCCUUGCAAUGACUCUCUUUUAUGCAUGCUGUGGUGAGGCAGGAGACAUUCUUUGACCAUGACCUUGGCAAAGUGCCCACCCCGCAUGCUCCUCUCUCUCAGGUCCUUGUGGACCGGUAUUUAAACAGGGUAAAGUGAGUGUUAUGUAUUGCAUUCAGGAGUUACUCAGUGAUCACUAUGCUGAUGUACUUCUAGGAUUCGUAGUUGUAGGAUUCUGGACAUUGUAGGUCCUUUUAGAAAGUGUUUUAUUUUUCAACAAUUUUUCUGUUUUAUGAAAGUGGAUGUGGUUUAAGGGCAUGUUUUAAGACUUGCAGAACAGAUUUAACUGUUGCUCCCAGUUCAGUGUUUAGCUUGUUUGGCUGAAGGUGGUCAGAGACGGGACAGAAAUCAGUAAGGCCAGAGAGGUCCCUUUUUCACUCUGAGCAUAACCAAGAUAACCUCAACCAACAGGUGGGCUUACUAUCGCUGCCUCCAUCACUAGGACUACCAUCUCAUGCCCUCAACCACGCUUUGAAUACUUUCACCAAUGCAGUGUUCUUUGUUUCAGUAGUUUCAAUUAGCCACCUUUCCAUGUUUUGUUUUUAUACAUUUCAUGUAUUUUUUUGUUUUGGAGUGAAAAAGACCCCUAUCAUUUGUUUUAUUUUGAAAUCUUUCUGAUGGAUGUUGGAUGUGAUUCUAUCAACUUGAUGUCACAGUUCCAAAGGAAUAUAAUGUUUAUGGUAUUGAUAUUACAAUUCUAAAGUGUUUACGGAUUGAUAACUUUUACUACUACCAAAAACACUGAUUUGAUGAAUAGAAUGAUAUCUGCAGACAGUGAAUUAAGCGAUGGCAGGCAACUGUGAAACCGGUAAAUAUAUAUCCAUAUUUAUGCAUGAUCUUUCCAUAUGCAAAGACUUUACUGUAUUCCCCAGUGUCCUUUGGGACAGAAGUGAUAAGGUUUCACCUCAGAUAUUAGAAGGGAGUCACACACUGUGGCUUCCUACUUUUCUUUGAGUUUACCAUCAGUAAACAAAGCAGAGAACAUUGAGGUGUUCCAGUAAUGGUGGGGAGCAGCCAGCCACUGGUCUGGGGGACUCAGUACACAUGGCACGCCUAAACUCAGGGAUCAGAACUUCUUAGGGGACAUGUGUGUGAGACCCUAGCCCAGUGCUGCUUCCCCCCUACAGUGUCACUUUGGCUAUCAUACGUGAAUAUAGAGACCCUUAGUGACAGAUUCUUACUUGCAGUGGCUUUUAAAAUCUAACAUCACAUUGCUACCUUACAACCACCUCUGUUUGCCACUUUCAUGUUUUGAAAUACAUGUAUUACAAUCUCAUUAUUAUUAUUCUUUUUUUCUAGAAUGUGUUUUCACCGAUAAUGGAUAUGUCAUUUGCAAUUUCUAUACUGAAACUACCUCUUUUUUGUGUCAUCACGUAUCUUACUUUAACACAGGUAAUGCUUUUUAAAAUCAUAUUCAUGGGUUUCAAUAGCUAGGUUUCCAUCCAACUGGCAACAGAUUUUCAUGCAAAUAUUAAAAAAUCUGCAUGAAGACAAUAUGCACAUUUUCCCACCAGUGGUGUUUCCACCAAACAGACUUGUUACAGUAGUGCAAAGAAAAUGUAAUUUUUCGCUUAAGUUUUCAUGUACCAAAUGAAAAUCUAAUGUUCAAUGUGUUUCCAUCGCAUUUUCAACAGUACGGAUAGUUUUGUCACAAAUACUGUUGCGUUAAAUAGCAGAUGUUCAUACUCUGGCCUUGGCAUGUGCGCUCAAGCCAACAGCUCGUACAUACAGUGUAGGAAGGCUGUGCAGGUAGGCUAGUCUACAUGAUGAGAUUAUUAUGGUAUUUGUCAAACGGCAGUGAAGCAUCGCUCAUCAUGUCACCAGAAUAAGACCCUCAAUAUUUAUUGGAAAGGAGCAUCAUGCUCAUCACCUUUAACAUUCACUACCCUGUGAAGUUCAUCAUGUUAUUUAAUCUGUAGGCUAAUAAACUGCAUGCUUUCCCGAGUCGUAGUGUGAG